AUGCGCUUCCGCCUCAGUCCACAGUCCAGCAACCAACAUGGUCAUUUUACACACAAACUUUGGUAAAUAACAACUGUUGUGCAUGGAUUAACAAGCUGGCUGGACUGAACAGGUGCCUGCAACAUCAUGAUUUACAUCUUAAUGGGAGUGUCCGGGUGUGGAAAGAGUUCUUUAGGGGCUCUCCUCUCUCAAAAGUUUGGUUGGCCCCUUCAUGAAGGAGAUGAGUUCCACCCUCUGGAGAACAUUGAGAAGAUGGCCCGAGGAGAGCCGCUCACAGACCAGGACAGGUUUCCAUGGCUCCUCAAACUGCAUGAAGUCAUAGAGAGUGUCCGCUGUCGUGGUGGUAACGCUCUGGUCGCCUGCUCCGCUCUCAAACGCCUCUACAGACAGAUCCUGCAACACGGCAACAAAGCCUUCACCUGCUGUCAAUCAGGGUCUCAACAGGAAGUCCCGCCUCCUCCUCCUCUCUCCUCUCCGGACAUCUGCUUCCUGUUCCUACAUGGGGAUUAUAACGUGAUCUACCAAAGACUGGCCUUUCGAAAGGGUCACUACAUGAAAGCGAACCUGCUCAAGUCUCAGUUUGACACUCUGGAGCCUCCGUCAGCUGAAGAAAACGUUUUACCUUUGGACAUAACGACAAACACCAUCACAGACAUGGCAGAGAAAGUGGAGAAGCAUCUAAUGAGCCACAAGAAACUCUUACUGGUCUAAACAAAGUCUUAAAACACAUGAGAUUAUCCAAGAGGCACUACGCUUUUAUUUACAUUGAUACUUUGCAUGGGUCCAUUUUGGAGAUCCACACUCGCGCAGUACAGCACCACACCAGCCCGCUAAACCAGGACUAAACCAGGACUAAACCAGGACUUAACCAGGACUAAACCAGGACUAAACGUACGCCGUGACAGUUGCGGAUUAUAAAUAUAAACAAGACGCAAACCGCAGAGCUGACUGCCAGGACUACACCAGGACUGAACCAGGACUAAACCAGGUCUAAACCAGGACUUAAUCAGAUCUAAACCCGGUCUAACCCUGGACUAAACCAGGACUGAACCUACACUGUGUCAUUAGAGGAUCAUAAAUAUAAACACGCCGCAAACCGCAGAGCUGAUUGCCAGGAUUGAACCAGGACUAAACCAGGUCUAAACCAGGUCUAAACCAGGACUAAACCAGGACUUAGUCGGAUCUAAACCAGAACUAAACUAGGACUGAACCAGUGUCAUUAGCAUAAAUAUAUACACACCGCAACCACCAAGUUGAUCACCAGAACUACAUCAGGACUGAACCAGGUUUAAACUUGGACUAAACCAUGUCUAAACCAGGUCUAAACCAGGACUAAACCAGCUCUAAACCAGGACUAAACCAGCUUUAAACCAGGACUAAAUGAGGACUAAACCAGCUCUAAACCGGGACUAAACCAGGUCUAAACCAGGACUAAACCAGGUCUAAUUCGGCUCUAACCUAAAUUGGCUCUAACCAGGUCUAAACCAGGACUAAACUAGUACUGAACCAUCUCCAAACCAGGACUAAACCAGGACUUACCCAGAACUAAACCAGGAGUGCAGCCGCCGACAAUCACCUCCACUGAUGGUUUUAUAUAAUAAAUACACAAAAGUCACUUCCUCAGUCUGGUCUACAAUUGUUCCCGGAAAAGACCAGGACAUGUCACUUGUUUCUAGGGCAACAGACGUCCUGGAGGCGCGUCAGGUAUUUUUUUCUUCUGUACGUCGUUCAUUUGAUUCACCUGACCUGCCCAUGUGUAAUCACUACCCGCUGACACACCCGCCUGUAAAAUUUCAGAACGUUAAAACCCGCCCGUUUCAGCAACUAUUUGCAGGUAUCCGUUGGGUGCAGGACUCUGCGCUCAGGGGGCUCUGCAUGUAUGUGUAUGGCAGAAUGUUGAGCAGUUACCAUUAGGGCAGGGUAUCAUUAAGAAGCUGCCGAUACGAUACACACCUCGAUACAUAGG